AUGACAGGAGCAUCCGAAUCGUGGAAAGAGCCCAACUUGAGCAGCUUCUUUGCGACCAAUGCGGCAGAAGGCAUCAACGCCACCAGCAGCUGCCUGAGUGGCCUUGGCGUCAUUGUCCCACUAGCCACAGCCGUUCUCAAUGGUUUCGGUGGCAGUGGAGAAGUGUCCGCUGAUAGUGACCUUGAUGUUCUGCUUGAAGUAGUCAUAGAUGGUCUUCUCAGCCAUGACACGGCCCUCCUCGUUAGCAAUGGGCCUCAUGACAUCUUCGAACCAGUGGUUGAUAUAUCAGAAGUCGAAGGAAAUGUGCUCUCCCUGCUUGUCCAGGAUGACAUCCGAAGGAGCAGCGGGAUGGAUGUACAAGUUGACAUCGAGCUCGGUGAGGACGUUCCAGAACUCGUCGUAGGCGGGCUUGUCGUAGUAGAGGUAGGUCUAGCCAUUGGGACCGGAGGGCUGGAAGUCGGGACAGAGGGCACCGUCAGAUCCGAGCUCCUGAACACAGCGACGCAGCUCCUGGUCAGCUUGCUUAGGGUCGUGCAUGGACGGACGGCAAACGCGCCCAUGCCGUCGCGGUCGUUUCUUGAUCUGGUCCGUCGUCCAGUUGUUGGCCUCAGUGGGAGUAUUCCCGGCCAGGGCUUUGUCGGAAAGGAUACCGGUAACGGGCAGGGAUACGAUGGUGUAGCCAAUGCCAUGGGUGUUAAACAGACUGACACGCUCAUCGUUUAUGUCGAGGAUCUGGCGCAUGUAGCGAACACGGUCCUCGCGGGCAAUGUAAAAGUCAGCUUCGGCGCGCUCAGAGGCUUCCUCGACAACAAUCUUGCCCAGGAUGUUGAGAGUUGA